GGGGAACAUUGUGCAGUAUUAUUGAAUCCCUAAAACAUCAAAACCAUUCGCGGAAGCAAUAAAACUGCCACGACCCCCAGCCAUCCCAGUAUCAUUCCUCUAGUGUCACAAUCGCUUUAUUGUUAAGCAAUAUGCCGAAAGAAGUUGCACCUCGUCAGGGCCGACGCCAUAACCCGCUACACGACGAUCUAGUGGAAAACGAAAGCGGAAAUCUACGGAGAAUUGCGCGGUCCAAGCGGAAAGAAAAGAGCGAAAGUUUUGAGAACUAUGUCGACUCUGGGUCAUCAAAACGAAUUCUAAAAAUUGCUCGAGACCAACAAGAUGAACUUCACGAGGAGGAGGCCAGGAAAAAUGCUGCCCAGGGUGAAUUCUUUGGAUCCGCUGCCCAAAUGCGAUUGCAGGACCAGGAGGAGGAAGAGUCCGAUGAGGAGGAGUAUGAGGAAGCUGAUUUUGGCGAAGAUGAUAUUGUUGAGGAAGUGGAAGUUGAUGAAGGAGAUAUAGAGCUAUUCAAUCAAUUCAUGCCAUCAGGUCAGGGGGCCGCACAGCGGAUAUCUCUUGCGGACAAGAUCUUGGAAAAAAUUGCAGAGCAUGAGGCGAAAUUGGCUGGGCACCCAAUAGGGGACGAAGAGACCUCUACCCUACCACCGAAGAUAAUUGAGGUCUAUACAAAAGUUGGCCUUUUGCUCUCGCGCUACAAAUCCGGGAAGCUUCCUAAAGCCUUUAAGAUCAUCCCAUCGCUUAAUAACUGGGAAGAGAUUCUCUCCAUCACAAGGCCAGAUCAGUGGUCACCCCAUGCUUGCUACGAGGCAACUAGACUCUUUGCUAGUACCAAAGCGAAUCAAUGCCAAAAGUUCCUAAAUGUUGUGCUUCUUGAUCGAGUGCGAGACGACAUCCAGGAGAACAAGAAGCUCAAUGUUCACCUUUAUAAUGCUAUCAAAAAAUCACUAUAUAAGCCUGCAGCAUUCUUCAAAGGAUUCCUAUUCCCUCUUGCUCUGAGUGGAACGUGUACCUUAAAAGAGGCUCAAAUUGUCGGCUCAGUCUUAACACGCAUCUCGGUCCCAGUUCUUCACUCCGCCGCUGCACUUCUCCGCCUAUGCGAAAUGGAUUACACCGGCCCAACAUCCGUUUUCAUUAAAGUUCUAAUUGACAAGAAGUACGCGCUCCCAUACAAAGUUAUCGACGCUCUUGUGUUUCACUUUAUGAGGUUUAAGUCGGUCCCUGAUGCGCUCCCGCUGCUGUGGCACCAGAGCUUUCUGGCUUUCGCCCAGAGAUACAAAAAUGAUAUAACCGAGGACCAGCGAGAUGUGCUUUUGGAUGUCGUGCUUGUCAAAGGCCAUCCGCUUGUUAGCCCUGAGAUCAGGAGGGAGCUCCUGGAAGGGAGAGGCAGGGGUGUCGAGAUUGGGGAAGCUGAUGAUGAUUUGAUGCUAGAUUGA